AUGUCCAAGGAACUCCCCCGCCACGAGAGGCGACCCUCGUCACCGACGGCGUACAGCAGCAGCAGCGGAAGCGCCUCCGGCAACCCUUUUCAGCAAUGCGACAUGAGCCUCAAGAUGCUCCUCGCCUUCGUCUCCACACGAGUCCUUCGCGGCGGCCCGCGGCUCAUCAUCCAGCUCAUCCUCGCCGUCUUUGGUCUGCUCCUAUUGGGCAAAUUCUUCACAUCGCCGACGUCGACGGACAGGCUAUUUGAAUCGGGAUCGAGAUGGAGCUGGUCGCCAUUUGGCAAGAGCGCCGAGGACGUUGGUUUCGAGGGACCUGGGGGUGUGAGGGUGGUUGCGUUUGGAUCGCCCGAUAUUGCGACACCAUCGAGUGCCAGAGGAGCCAAGGGCAAGGGCUGGACGGAGGUCCUUUGCGAAGAGCUCCGCUGCUCCUCUCACCAAUCCUUCACCCCUUCAACCAAUCUCCCCACGCAGGCCUUCACAUCUCUUCAACACUACCGCGACACCAUUGAAAAGGUGGAGCGCGAACUCGACGAGUACAAACCGCCGGGCUACAACUACGACUUCCUCCUCGAGCAGUACCCCAUCUCCGGCUACAUCGCCGACCUCACCGCCCAGGUCGACGCGUUCCUCGCCCAACCCCAGCCCGCCCCGGCCAACAUCUCCAAGGAGACCAUCUGGGUCUUCUCCUUUGGCACCUGGGACGUCUGGACUUUCGCGUGUCUCCCGCGCGGGCUGGGCGAGGGCAUCAUCGACCUUGCCGCCCGCGCCCUCUUUGCGCAGGUCGAGCGCGUCUACCAAGCCGCCCUCGACCACGAUUCCAUCGCCUUUUCCGACUUUUGGGUGUACCAAAACGCCUCCCUCAUCGACAAGCUCAACGAGACGAACCAAAGCGGCGGCGACAUUGACGUGCGCGAGGUCGAAAACUUCCGCGUCGUCAUCCCCGAGCUGUUUGACAUCUCCCUCACCCCCGGCUGGCACGUCCAGCGUCCCACGCCGCCGAGCCCGCACACCAAGGCCGAGCAGAUGACCAACGCGGCGCACCUCACCGCGCGCUGGAACUCGGAGAUCAAGGCCCGCAUGGGCGAGUGGAUGAACACCGCGGACCCGCAGCUCAACAGCACGGAGGAGGAGCAGCAGCAGCAGCAGCAGCAGCAGCAAAGGGUCCAGUUCGGCUCCCUCCCCGCCAGCAAGCACGCCGCGGCCCGCUACCGUCGCGCGCGCGCGAAGCAAGGUCUCAAGACCGCCCCCUCCGACGCCCAGGCCCUGCGCGUGCCGUUCCCCCGCCGCGCGGCGGCGCAGGUCGACACGGUCAGCUUCGUGCGGGAGGCGAUUGUGGAGCGGCAGAUGCGACAGUAUCGUCUCACGGACAGGACGGGCCGCGGCAACCGGACAGAGGACGGCGACAACAUCUUCUUCGCCGAGACGUGGACGCCGUGUAUCUGGGCAAAGACGUCGGAGACGGCUGAGGGCGCGCGCGGCGAGUACGCCGCGUGCGACACGCCCGACGAGUAUCUCUUCCACGCGCCGUUUACGCUGAGCGAGCGGGCGAUUGCGCACACGGCGAGGAUCGUUGCCGGCGAGGCGAGGCGCAGGCUUGCUUUUGUGGAUGCGGUUGAUGAGAGUGAGGGGGAGGCGAAGGAGGGCGAGACCGCGACGGCGACGGCAACGGCGACAGCGACGGCCAAGGUCAAGAGAGAUGAGCCGAGGAGCGAGUUGGGCCACUUUCAUCGCGUUUUGCGUCCGAAUCUCGCGGCGCGGGUCGUUGAGGCCGCUAGCCCGACGUAA